AUGGGAGUGGGAAGAGUCGAAUGGAGCCAAGAUUGCGCCGGGCAGGGGCAUCAUGGGGACCCAGGCCCGGCUGCUAUUUUCUCUUGCAGCAGCGUAUUUUCCCUCGCCUUUUUUCCUUUGCACCACUGUCUGCAGUCUGCACUAUCAAUAUCUGUACGACUACGAAUAACUGUACGUUAUUAUGCCAUGCCACUUUCUGCUGGGGGGGCUAAAUUGACCGGGCCAGACAGGUCCACCAGCCAAACAAGGGCUGUCACUGUCAGUCUAGCUCUGACGCCAGCACCAGCACCAGCACCAGCACCAAAAAACCUGCACCAACACCAGCAUCCGGCAUCAUCACAGACUGGUUUGUUCUUCUUUCUCUCUUUCUCUUGUGGUUGUUGUUUCUGGUGCAGGGCCCAAUGCUGGAGCUUGGGACACUUGGGGUUUAGGAGACAGACACAUCACACUGACCUCGACACUGACACUGGACGGCGGCACCGACUGCGGCGACGAACUCGUCGAGAAGGAAAUCGGAAUCGCGCAUUGAUGCCGUCGAAUGUCGAAGCGAUGCGAGGUGAGGCGAUGCGAUGCGAUGGAAAGUAUCCGUUCGUGUACUCUUGCCCUAUUCCUUUUUUGCCUUUUGUCUGCUUCUAUUCUCCAUUCUAG